GUUGUCGCACGCGCGUUCGUACCACUCCGUGUUCAAGAGACGUCUUCGCGGGUUCUGUUUUGAGGAAGAAUUCGUCGAAGCCCGGUGGUCAGCUUUCUGACCGAAGCAACAAGAAAUUUCGUUUGGCUGGAAACCUGGAGUUUCCGGGACCUGAAAAGGUGAAAGGCGAAACACGUGAGACGGCGUAUAGGUAACAGUGGUGUUUUUGUGUGAAGUCUCCAGACAAGGAAGCAAGGGUGGCCUGUUAGUGAACUGCAAUCGCAGCAACCCGAAAACCCCGAACUUCUCAGCUGCUUGCUGCAAGAACUGCGAGCUGCACGCGUGCUUCUCGUUGCCGUAUCUUCGACGUCGCGGUCGUCGUGCACUCCUUUGUCGUGUCCGCCGCCGUUGUCGUCGCCGUCGUUGUCGUCAUCAUCAUCAUCGUUGUCGUCAACGUCUUACCGCGCCACAUCCGUUUCCUCUCACUCUCUUUCAAAAGAGAAGCGUGCAGCAACGCGAUCAUCAUUAUGCCGAAUGAUUGUUUGUUUUGUGCAAUUUCGAGAAGAAAAACCAAAAUGCUUUAAUUAAUUUAAUUAAAAUCCUCACUCAUUACUGGUUGUUUGUUGUUGGUGCUGGUGCUACAGCGGCAGUGUUCUCAGAGUGUCUGCUUUGCUACUACACUUACAUAUCGUUUUUUCGGGCCAAGCGAGCUCUUUCUUCGGAGAUUUGUGCCAGUUGCCCCAGUGAAGAACAAAACGGCGGGCGAACAAGGAAAGGAGAAGUAUAAAGGAAAAAAAAAAACAACAAAGAAGUGUUUUUGUGAUGAAUCUGAGAUUGUGUGCCGGACGAAAGCAACAGUAGAUAGGAGCGGCGGUGCAACGGAUCCCGGCGUCCUGAUAGCAGCGAAACCGAAACUGGACUACUACAGACUGUGUACAGUCGGAUGCAGUAUCCGUUGGCGGAUUCUUCUACUGGUGAAAAAGGCACAGGAACGCUCCGGCAGCAACAGCAAAAAAAACUUCGACGCUCUCUGGAAGCUGAUCCAAUCAACGAGAAGGCGACAGUAGCUAGCAAUUGUCACCGGGACAUUCGGAGAUCAUAAAAAAGCGAGCUCGCUAAAAAGUUGUCCCCCUUUGAAGUAGGAAGGAGCAGAAGGCAGCAGCAAAAAAAAAACAAGUCUCUAAGAUAACUGAUGCCAGUCAAGAAGGAAGCGCGCCGCUCGUUAAGGGGAAAAUAAUAGUUCGGCACCUCGAAGAAGUUCGAACAAGGAAGAAGACGGAGACGAAGAACGUCAACAGUGAAAAAGUGCAAACCCCACGAGAAGAUUCAGAAGUCUCAAGUGAAAAUAUUUAUAUGAUUUUAAUGAGAAUCAAGAUAAGAAAUAAUAGCUGGAAAAUAAUAAAUAAAGUCAAACAUUAACCCGCCCCAGCUGUGAAGUGGACCGGUUCAAGAACUCUUCCGUGCUCUUGAAAGUCACACCAGUAGCAGUGUUGCGAUUCUAUGUGCUAGUGAAGCAGUCUCCAAAGUGCUCGUUUUGGAACUUGAAAGUGCGGCGGGGCGCCACCGUACCUUUUUUGUCUCUCGUUUCUGAGUGUCCGAUCGAGUUUCGUCCCGUAUCAUCAAAGCGCGGCAAAACCACCGCCAAGUGCAACUCGCUCGCGCGAAUUGUUGGAAGAUGAAAUAUAUCUGUACAUGUCUGAAUUUUGCGAAAAAUGAAAUUUAUUUAGAUAGAUAAAAAGAAGUGUGCGACCGCCGUUUUUUUUCUGUCUUCAAUAUUCUGUGAGGGAGAGAAAAAAUAGAAAAUUAUUUAUAAAUAAUAGCCGCGCGCGUGAAAAUAACGGCCAGGAACCUCACCGAAUCGAAUCCCCGACUGGCAGUGACAGUGUUUGGGUGUAGGAUCGGAGAAAAAAAAGCACGAAGGGGAAACAACCGCCCACACCAUCGUUUUGAGAGUGAGUUUAUAGCGUGGUCCCUCGACGCGCGAAGAAUAAAAAAAACGAAGACCACCCGCGUUAUUGUUUUAGAACGACACAUAAAAAACUGGCGCCUCUCCCCAAAAAACGAACCAGCAAGAAAAAUAGUGGCGGAAAAUCUAUCAACUUUAGCCGGUUCCCCACCAUUCGACACCUGGAAUCGUUCGUCUAACCCUCUCAGAUCAAACCGAUAUAAUCAAUAAAAUAACUACCGCGUUUCGCGCGUCCUGGUGCUGCAAAUCUGCAAAAGCAAAUAGAAGAAAAAAAGUUUUAAAAAAUAUAUACAGAAGCAAAAGUGUUUGUGAAUGUGCUGUGUUAGUGAGUAAGCGAUUCGUGCAGGGCAAAAAGCAAGUGCAAUCAACCCGACCGAGAAAACCAAUUUCGCUAAAAGGGUUCGCAAUCGCGCUUUAAUCAAUCGUCAAAUAAAAAUCUAAACCGAGUUUAGAUACCUAGAAGAGAAAAAGCAACAAAAAUAAGCCCUAAGUGACCGAAAUCGAAACUAAUCAAACAGGUGAUAUUUUUUCGAGGAACCUCUCCCCUCUUUGAAAAAAAAAACGGUGCAGCGAUCGUUUGUGCGAUCGCCGUCCCGCUCAAAAGCCGUCAAACUGGCCGCCUCAAUAGCCAUGAACCCGCACUACCAUCCGUAUCCGGAUCUGGGUUCGUCGCCACAUUCGCCCUCCCCGGACAACAACAACUAUCCGGGACUGGGGGGAGGUCCUGGGGGACCUCAUCUUAAUGGGGGAGGUGGCGGUGGACAUGGAAAUCCGAUGGGAGUCAAUCAGAUGGAUGCCCAGGCACAGGGUUUCCACGGGAUGAAUGGCGGUGGUCCUGGUGGACCGGUAAAGCACUGCGCGGGAUGUGGAGAUUUUCUCUUCCGCUCCGCAGGCAAAAUCACCGAACGUUUCUUCCUGCACGCGCUCGACCGAUACUGGCACAAUUCCUGCUUGAAGUGCUCCUGCUGUGGGGCGAUGCUCGCCGAUAUCGGUUCCAGUUGUUACACCCGCAGCGGCAUGAUCCUGUGCAAAGCGGACUACUCCAGAUUAUUCGGUUCCGGAGCGUGUUCCGCGUGCCAUCAGACGAUACCGGCCAACGAGUUUGUGAUGCGAACGACGUCCCACACCACGAUUAACAACAACCUGAACAAUGCCAACAACCAAAAUGGGACGGGGAACAACAACAACAACGGCCAAACCAUCCCGCAGCACCACGUGUACCAUCUGAAGUGCUUCCAGUGCUCCAAGUGCGGGUGCCAUCUGGUGCAGGGAGACCGGUAUUAUAUGCUCGGGGGAAGUUUAGUGUGCGAGCAGGACUGGCACAAGCUGGUGAAGAGUUCCAACGCCCAGACGAAUCCUCCGCUACGCAAGGGCAAGGUCGGCCGACCGAGGCGAUCGCGAGACUGAGAUGGUCCCCGGCU